AUGAACUUCCCACUCGCCGUCCAGGAUCAUGGCUGGGAAUUGUGAUCUGGCCAGCUUUAUCCUCGUCUAGUCUGAUGUCCAAAUCGAUGCCGCUUACGAGACCGUCUCUGCUGAUGCUAAAUUAGAGCUUGUGCGACAGUCACUGGCGGUGGUCACGGUCUGCAAGCUAACUACCUAUCUAUGCUCUCGUUAUCUAACUACUUGGGAUCUUUACUUGUUUCUCGUGUUGUGCCAUGAUGGAGUGGCUCGAACUCGCAUUGGCUAUUCUUGUCUGUAUCUUCUAUCCCAUUUUCUGGCUAGUUCGGAGUUUGGUCUCGCUUCUUGGAAUACUCGCUACUCCAUUCUUGCACAUAGCGAGCAAUGUUCUUCGGGUGGCCUUUCUACCGUUGAGGAUUUUGUCUAGAUUUGAGUCUAUCUUCAUAUUCUUCGGUGUAGCCUCACUGAUUGGAAUAACCGCUGGCCUGGUCUUACACCUGACAUCAAAACUGGUCGUGCGAGUCCUGCACUUGUCGCAGGAGCCCAGUCCCCCGACUCCGCACGUGCGGAAACAUCCCAGGUCGUCGAAAGAUCACCUCGAUGAAUUCGCCUCUGCACCAGGAAAAAGCCUGCCGUUUAUAGAGGACACACAGUCUUCUGCUUACCCAGAAACAAGAGGAGCUCCGCCCUCAGACGCAGCUGCCAAGCUAUCUGGCAACUAUUAUCCUCGGUGGUCCAAGGGCACAAGAGGACAAUCAAGUCGCGGGCUCUUCUCUACCACGAUUCUGGAGGAAGACGAUGACUUUUCGGAUGCCGAUGAUUUUGAACAAUGAGCAUUUUACUGGGCUAGGAGCCACCAUUUUGGAAGCGCAUAUACCAUAUAUAUCAUGCAUUUCAGUUUCUGUCUUUCUGUCUUUUUCCUUUUUUUGAUAGAUGUUCUACUGGUUGUACUAAAUACACGAUACCCUUCAGAAUCAGAAUUAUUUUGAAAGAGUUAUUUCAGGCGUGGGAGCUGCUUGGAUCAGCCAUAUGCAGUGUUACCUAAGACGUCGUAUCACGUUAACCGAGGAUAGAUGCCCAUAACUACCGGCCAUCUUUGAAUAAAUUUGUGUGGGAGAUAUUCAGUGAUUGCUAUUACAUUCAUCCUCGAGGUCGUUACUCAGAUGCAGAAA